CCUGGUAUUGGGCAGGAGCCUUCGGAACGCCUCUGGUUUCUCCGCCUCGGUCCCGCAGCUGUGGGGGGCCCCCCGCGGUCAUCCGCGAAGGCCAGAGCGAUGCUGCUCCCAGGGUCCCUGCACACCGAGGAACCGAAGCGACGCUUGGCACCCCCUCUGGAAGGGCCCGGCCUCUGUGCCCAGAGGCACCCGGCAGUCCCCUGUCAACAUCCGCUGGAGGGACAGCGUCUACGACCCGCAGCUGCAGCCCCUCAGGGUGUCGUACGCCGCGGCCAGCUGCCUGCACGUCUGGAACACCGGCUACUUCUUCCAGGUGGAAUUCGACGACUCGGCCGAGGAAUCAGGACCCCGACCCCGCAGCCCAGGACUCCAGGUGCUUGCGUGACCCCCACUCAACUGGGCACGGGAGAAAGGCCCCCUCCUGACAUGUGGGCAGCCCCCCGAGGGUCACUCUCAGGGACAGUAGCGUGGAUCUGCGGCGGCCCCUUGGAAAACCACUACAGGCUGAAGCAGUUCCACUUCCACUGGGGAGCGACGGACGAGCGAGGCUCGGAGCACACGGUGGACGGCCGCGUGUACCCAGCAGAGCUGCACUUAGUUCACUGGAACUCGGUGAAAUACCGAAAUUACACAGACGCCGUAGUGGGGGAGAACGGCGUGGCCGUGAUAGGCGUGUUUGUAAAGCUGGGGGCCCGGCACGAGGAGCUGCAGAAGCUGGUGCGAGUCUUGCCGGAAAUAAAGCUUAAGGGUGCACGGGCCGCCGUGGGCCCCUUCCAGCCCUCCUGCCUCCUGCCCGCCUGCCGGGACUACUGGACCUACCCGGGCUCGCUCACCACGCCUCCGCUCAGCGAGUCGGUCACCUGGAUCGUCCAGAAGCGGCCCAUCGAAGUGGCUCAGGACCAGGUGAACAAAUUAACCGAGGAAGGAAUGUCGAUGACUUUUGCAAAGCCGUGGAAGAGGGUGGGUCGUUGGAGGAGGAGAGAUUUCCGAGUGUGUCCCCCUACGUGGGACGAUACAACGAUCGAGGUUUCUGAGGUCCCUCGCACAGGCUGUACUAAGUUCUAUACGUUGAGAGAAGAUUCCAGAAUGAUUAGCUGGCCGCCUUCCGCACACUCCUGUCUAAUGCGCUGGGUGAAGAAGAGCGGUCCAUGGUGGACAACUACCGUCCACUUCAACCCCUGAUGAACCGCAGGGUCCGUUCCUCCUUCCAGGCUGCGGAAGGGGGCAUCUAAGCGGAUGUCGCCUCUGACGCUAAACACAGAGAAAGAGAUCGCUGUUCCAGUCCCCGUGCUCUUCAGCUGCAGGGAGAGGAAACCACUUCAAAGCCGCUUCAGUGGGGGUGGGGAACGGAAACGUGGCACGCGGGGUAGCUCGGGGCCCAUGGCGGGGCCCAAGCGAGCCCCAGCUGACGGCUGACCCAGGCCGCCAGCCUGGGCUCUGUCUGUCCACACAAACUUGUCCCAGACAGGCGCCCUCUGUGUCUCCACACGCAGAGGGACGGGAACCCCCAUGCAUCUUCCCGGCCUCCAGACUCCUGGAUGUCUUGAUGUCCUGGGGCAGCCGUGACGUAUGACCACAAACCAGCGGGCUGACUCAACGGCAGUGCGUUGCCUCCCAGCUCCGGAGGCUAGAAGCCCACCCUGGUUCUGCCGGGAAGCUGGCAGGCCACCACGGCUUCCAGGCCUGCCCGGUCCCCGGAGGUGGCCUGCGUUCCCUGCUUGAGGCCCAGGGGUUCCCGGUGUGGCCUCUCAGGACCCCGUGCCGUUGAACUAUGGUCCUUCUGCUUUUUUAAAAAAAUUAUAGUGAAACACAC